AUGGAUAGGCCUCAGACAUUCCACAGUUACCUGGAAGACAUUAUCAACUACUGCUGGGAGCUUGAGGAGGGGAAACCCAACCCCCUGAGAGAAGCCAGUUUCCAAGACCUGCUUCUUUGUACCCGCGUGGAGAUUCUGCACCACCUCUGUGAUUACCAUCUAGAUGCAGAUGAUGUUUUCAAUCUACUCAAGUUCAUUGUUUUCCCCAACCCUCCUUCCUUUUCUGCCAAGGGUCUGGAUGCAGACAGUCUUCGUGUAGAACCUCUAGGGGAAAACAAUUCAGGGGCACUCUACUGGUAUUUCUAUGGAACACGAAUGUAUAAAGAGGAUCUGGUACAAGGGAGGUCUAAUGGAGAACUCUCCUUGAGCAGCUGCAAACCAUCUCUUUCAAUCAAAUUUAUACCCUUUCAAAAUAUAUUUCAAAAUUAUGCACCCUCGGCCUCUUCCUCUCGGUCCCAUAUUGAACUCGAGUUGGAAGAGGCGAGUCCGGUCUCAAAAUGGAGUUUAAAAGUGCCUGUAACCUCUGCUGGGGCUUCCAGUCUGCCUUGGACUGGGAGCCCAUUUGCACAAAAGCCAAAUAAACUCCUCUUGCUUAUUGCAGCUGCUGGCUUGGAGUCUUGGUUCUUGGGGUGCCCUCCCUUUGAAGAAAGCAUCCCAGAGAGACAUUCUGAGAAAUUGGGCACACUCACAGAUGGUGUGGUAAUGAGAGAUCCUCAGACAGAAUGUUCCAGGGGCUUCGGUUUUGUGACUUAUUCUUGUGUUGAAGAGGUGGAUGCAGCCAUGUGUGCUAGAUCCCACAAGGUUGAUGGACGUGUUGUGGAACCAAAGAGGGCUUCUAGAGAGGAUUCUGUGAAGCCAGGAGCCCAUCUAACAGUGAAGAAAAUUUUUGUUGGUGGUAUUAAAGAAGAUACAGAAGAAUAUAAUUUGAGAGACUACUUUGAAAAAUAUGGCAAGAUUGAAACCAUAGAAGUUAUGGAAGACCGGCAGAGUGGAAAAAAGAGAGGAUUUGCUUUUGUAACUUUUGAUGAUCAUGAUACAGUUGAUAAAAUUGUUGUUCAGAAAUACCACACUAUUAAUGGGCAUAAUUGUGAAGUGAAAAAGGCCCUUUCUAAACAAGAGAUGCAGUCUGCUGGAUCACAAAGAGGUCGUGGAGGUGGAUCUGGCAACAUUAUGGGUCGUGGAGGAAACUUUGGAGGUGGUGGAGGUAAUUUUGGACGUGGUGGAAACUUUGGUGGAAGAGGAGGCUAUGGUGGUGGAGGUGGUGGCAGCAGAGGUAGCUAUGGAGGAGGUGAUGGUGGAUACAAUGGAUUUGGAGGUGAUGGUGGCAACUAUGGUGGCCGUCCUGGUUAUAGUAGUAGAGGAGGCUAUGGUGGUGGUGGAACAGGUUAUGGAAACCAAGAUGGAGGAUAUGGGGGUGGUGGAGGAGGAUACGAUGGUUACAAUGAAGGAGGAAAAUUUGGUGGCGGUAACUAUAAUGGUUUUGGAAAUUACAGUGGACAACAGCAAUCAAAUUAUGGACCCGUGAAAGGGGGCAGUUUUGGUGGAAGAAGCUCUGGCAGUCCAUAUGGUGGUGGUUAUGGAUCUGGUGGUGGAAGUGGUGGAUAUGGUAGUAGAAGGUUUUAAAAACAACAGAAAAAGGGCUACAAUUGUUAGCAGGAGAGAGAGCGAGGAGUUGUCAGGAAAGCUGCAGUUUACUUUGAGACAGUCAUCCCAAAUGCCUUAGAGGAACUGUAAAAAUCUGCCACAGAAGGAACGAUGAUCCAUAGUCAGAAAAGUUACUGCAGCUUAAACAGGAAACCCUUCUUGUUCAGGACUGUCACAGCCACAGUUUGCAAAAAGUGCAGCUAUUGAUUAAUGCAACGUAGUGUCAAUUAGAUGUACAUUCCUGAGGUCUUUUAUCUAUUGUAGCUUUUUCUUUUUCUUUUCAUUACAUCAGCUAUAUUGCCCUGUGAAUUGUGGUAGUGGUACCAGGAAUAAAAAAUUAAGGAAUUUUUAACUUUUCAAUAUUUGUGUAGUUCAGUUUUUCUACAUUUUAGUA